AAAGAGGCAUCUUUGCAGAAAGAGGCAACUUGACAUAUCAGGACUUUUACCGCUGUAGAGAUAGCUCCGGUAUACAAAGCCCAUGCAAACACAGAAUUGCAGAAGUUCAGUAGAGGCUUAUCACUUCCCUGAGAAGAAAAGCACAUUUUCAGUUUCGUGUGCAUACUACCAGGGGACGCUCAAUUGCUUUCUUUCCCCGCCACCCUGCUAAAAUCCAGUAUUAACCGUAUGUGUCCAGGUUGAGGAUCGAGAUCCGGCAGCCCACUCAGCCGGUGACAAAGCGAAGUCUUUGCUGCAUGAAUUAGAGGAAGCAAUUUUGGAACAACGGAAUCUCCAGGCUAUAAAUACCGAGUUGGUGAGCACUUGCCAGACACUUGAGCAGAAGACGAGAAAACUGAAAACAACAACUGAGUCACUGAGAAAGAAGUUAAUUAAAGGACGCCUCCAUGGCUUGUUAUUUCAGAGCUGUUUAGAUGAGGAAUUUCCUCGUUGUGAUCCCUUGUCCUGCACAGAUGGAAUUCAACAACCAUUUCAAGAAAAACUGAAGCGGUGUUGCCAUAAACGAUAUAGUGGUCAAGAAGCAAGACUACAUCGGACACUCCUGACCUUCAUACAUACGAGCUGGUAUACACCUCCACUAGAUGUCUUGCAUGUAGAGAUUCUCACAGCAAUUCCAAGAGUGGAAUUGACACUUCUCUCAGGUGUAGCCCAAAGAAUCCAGGUUUCAAGUGAAAGGCCCAACUAUGGAGAAUUAGAGGAUGGAGCUUUGGAUGUGACUAGAAGACGCAAGUGCCCAGUCCCUAAAGUUGGCCCCUACCUAGGAUCAGAUCUUUCCGGUUGCAUCAGGAUGAAUGAUGACCUAAGGAUGGAAGAGAAUGGUGUUGACCACUUGUAUUCUGAGAGCCUGCCACAGUCCAGGGAAUGUUCCACACUGUCAUCUCCUGGACAUACUUUGUCCACAGAGAGUACUAUAACUUCAAGUGAUUCUGGGUCAGAAAUUUUGAAUAUGGCUUCUGAUGACCUUGACUAUAAAUCACUCUGUGAGAAAGAGGAAGAUACAAGAUCAGCUUCUGGUAUGAUAAAGAUCACAGGCAAAAGUGCAUCUCCUGAGAAUAUUGCACUGCAAGGCUCUGUGAGUGAGGACAAAACCAUGUUAAAUCUGGAAGCAAAAGAGGAACCAGUAACAAUAGAUGAGCAUAGAAAAGAAUGUGCUGCAAGAGACACUGCUGUUUCCUUUCUUCCUGUAACAACUGUGAAAUCCAUUAACUUUAGACAAAGUGACAACACUUCUGCUAAUGAGAAGGAGGUGGAGGCCGAAUUUCUCAGAUUAUCUUUGGGAUUUAAGUGUGAUUGGUUCACCCUGGAGAAAAGAGUGAAGCUUGAAGAAAGAUCCCGAGACUUGGCAGAAGAAAAUUUGAAGAAAGAAAUCACUAACUGUUUAAAGCUCUUAGAGUCUUUAACACCACUUUGUGAAGAUGACAACCAUGCCCAGGAAAUAGUUAAGAAGCUGGAGAAGAGUAUAACACUUCUUAGUCAGUGCACUGCACGAGUGGCCAGUAAGGCUGAGAUGCUGGGAGCCAUUAAUCAGGAAAGCCGGGUUAGUAAAGCAGUGGAGGUGAUGAUUCAGCAUGUAGAAAACCUGAAGAGAAUGUAUGCCAAAGAGCAUGCUGAGUUAGAAGAACUGAAACAGGUUCUUUUGCAAAAUGAAAGGUCUUUUAACCCUCUCGAAGAUGAAGAUGACUGUCAAAUUAAAAAACGUUCAUCUUCUCUAAACUCCAAGCCAUCUUCGCUCCGAAGGGUGACCAUUGCCUCUUUGCCCAGAAAUAUUGGAAAUGCAAGAAUGGUGGCUGGGAUGGAAAAUGACCGAUUCGGUAGGCGAUCAAGCAGCUGGCGUAUUUUGGGGUCAAAGCAGAGUGAACAUCGUCCCUCAUUACAUCGAUUUAUUAGCACCUACUCCUGGGCGGAUGCUGAAGAAGAAAAAUGUGAACUCAAAACUAAAGAUGACUCAGAACCACCUGGAGAAGAAAUAGCAGAAAGGACAAGAAAGCCAAGUCUUUCUGAAAAGAGAAAUAAUCCGUCAAAAUGGGAUGGCUCUUCACUUUAUGACACAGUAGCUGCCUGGGCGACAAACCUCAAGACUUCCUUCAGAAAGGCGAAUAAGGCGCUCUGGAUUUCUGCUGUAUUCAUUGUGCUGUUUGCAGCUUUGAUGAGCUUCCUCACAGGACGAUUAUUCCAGAAGUCUGUGGAUGCUGCUCCCAUACCAGAUGGGGACUCCUGGAUGUCUCUAGAGCAAAUCUUGUGGCCAUUCACCAGACUCCAACACAAUGGACCACCACCAGUGUGACUUAGCACAUCUUAAUGUAUGUGUCUUGAUUUUUAAAGUUUUAGUAUCUGAACUCUGUAAAUUAGUGAUUUUUAGCUGGGAAAUUAUAGCGUUGAACCACAGGGUCUCAGAAGGACUGCAAGAUAUUUUACAUCCCUUCUUUCUGUGAGUUCCUCUCUGAUUAAAAUACAAUGGGGAAGAAGCCUGCCUAUGAUUUUUAGUGAGCUUUUUGAGGAGGAGAUAUUACAUAUUGCUUGUUAAAAUUUAUUCAAAUAGAGUAAAAAGUGAAAGUUUCAGUGGGCCAAAUAUUCAUAAGAAAAAAACCCCACUUUUUAAAAAAUAAAAUUUGAGUACAAAAUGCUUAUUAGAUUUUAAUAACCUUUUGAAAUAUAGUCACUCAUUACAUUGCUUUUGAAGAAAUGCCUAAUUUUGCUCUGGGUUGCUUGACUCUUCACACUGCAUAAAAUCUGUCAGCGGGGAUUAAGAAUAGCUGAGCACUCUGGUCGAGAGUAGCAUAUAGCACACAGAGUCAAUCAGCUGGCAGCUGGAGCUCCUAAUUUUUUCCAUGGCUUUUUGGGAAGCAAAAUCCUUAACCAUGUGAUAUAAAGUAGAAUGAAACUCAGUUUCUUCUUUAAGGGCUUCAGAGAAUGUCUCACUGUUUUCGUUGAUCUUGAGCCUUUGUGCUCUGUCACCACUAAACAUUAAAAGGGUCCAAUUAGGUUUCUGAAUAGGUUUUUCACUAAGGUGUUCCUUCAGCUACAGGAAAAGAAAAUUAGAGAAAUCCAUUAAUAGUUCCUCUAAUAGGUAUUUUGGCAGAGUAUAAUUUGAACUCAGUCCCCAAAAUUGCUAAUGUAAAAGAAACACUCUUUAGCAUCUGAGCUCUUAAACCAUGUUUGUAUGAAUGUAUUCAUUCAACAGAGAUUUCUUGAGUAGCUAGUAUUUGCCAGGGAAUGUUCUAGGUGCUGGGGAUACAACAACAAAGAAGAAAAAACCAUAUUAAUAACAAUUGCAACAAUAAAAUCCUAUCCUCAAGGAGCUUAUAUUCGAGUGGGAGAAACACACAAUAUACAAGUAAAUAUGGUGGCUCACUUACACUAUCUUUUUUAUCAGGCAGCAGUAAAUGUGCCAGAAAGUUCAAUUGGAGGCCUGUCUCUGAGGGGGAAAAAAGCUUCCGUCUGUUCUCAUUUUGAUGUAAAGAGCUGUCAGGACACUACCCUGAAGUCCAGAGUGUUUGAUACCAUAAUGGACAGUGAAGGUAUAGCCUUUAUAUAGCUUGGUUUUAUAUUUUUGACAAAAUAAACAAAAAUGAAGUUUUAAAACUA